AUGACCAGGUUGGCGUUGUUUACAACCUUCGAGCUUCACUACGAGCUUAUGACGGGGCCUCGAGUUCACUUCACAAAUAUGCAAGUGUUACGUGCAAGUCGCAAUUUGCACGUCAUGCGAGCCCUCACGCCGGCGAGCGGCGAACGCGAGCAGUUGGGUCGCCAUUACGUGCGCGCCCGCGCUACGCCUCCAGUACAAACUUCCUUUAAU